AUGCCUGUCAUAAACGACAAAUCCCCUGACGCAGACCAAGGCACGGCCAAUGGCCACCUUACCCAGCAGUUGUCCGCGGCCGAGUCGAUAUGGAUUGCCGAGUCGCUCUCCCUGCCGCGCGAGGCCCUCUUUGUCGCCGUCGUUUGCAUGGCGCAGUUUUGCACUCAGGCGGCGUACAUGGGGACCCUCGUCCUCCUCCGCACCAUAGGCCAGAGCUUCCACAUCACUGAACCCGCGCGGCUGGCCUGGCUUGUAGCAGGCUAUUCCCUCACCAUCGGCACCUUUAUCCUCUUCUCCGGCCGCCUGGGCGACGUCUUUGGCCACAAGCGCAUGCUUCUCACCGGCCUGACCUGGUUCUCCCUGUGGUCCAUGGUUGCCGGUCUGAGCGUCUACUCCAACUACAAGCUCGCCGUCUUCUCGCGCGUCCUGCAGGGUAUCGGCCCAGCCAUCUGCUUGCCCAACGCGCUCGCCAUUCUUGGCGCCGCCUACCCGCCUGGACAUCGAAAAGCCAUGGUCUUUGCUUUUUUCGGCGCAGUCGCCCCGGUUGGCGCCGUCACCGGCGCCGUUUUCGCUUCCCUCCUGACCCUCGCUUGGUGGCCGUGGGCUCUUUGGGCAAUGGCCAUCUGGCUGGCUGUCCUGGCCGUGACGGGAACCUAUGCCAUUCCCAGCCCCUCCCCUCAAAAGACAGUGCCCCUCGCAUGGGGGGAUUCGAUGGAGACGCUCGAUCUUCGAGGCGCGCUUGUCGGCGUCGUGGCAUUGAUUCUGUUCAAUCUCGCCUGGACGCAGGCGCCCAUCGAUGGGUGGGGGACACCCACCAUUCUCGUGCCCCUCGUGCUCGGCUUUCUGCUCUUUCUUCUCUUUGGAUUCAUCGAGUUCCGUAUCAGCAAGAAGCCAUUGGUGCCCUUUGCCGCCAUCAAUGCCGACGUGGUGUUUGUCCUCGCAGCGGUGGCGUGCGGAUGGGCUGCCUUUGGCGUCUGGUCGCUGUAUCUCGUCCAGCUGCUCGAGGAUGUCCGCGGGUUAUCGCCCCUUUCUACCUCGGCGUGGUUCGUCCCCGUCGUCUUCUCGGGCGCCUGCGCUGCCGUCGUGACGGGCAAGCUGCUGGGCCCGCUGCAGGUAAAGCCGCCGAGCGUCAUGACCAUGGCGUUGCUGGCGUUCACCACGGGGGCGAUUCUGACGGCCACGGCGCCGGCAAACCAGUUGUACUGGGGCCAGACCUUUGUCUCCAUGCUCGUCAUGCCCUUUGGCAUGGACAUGAGCUUCCCCGCCGCCACCCUGGUCCUGUCUGACGCGGUGCCCAAGAAGCACCAGGGCGUGGCGGCGAGCCUGGUGAAUACGGUGGUCAAUUACGGAAUCGCGCUGGGGGUCGGGUUCGCUGGUACGGUCGAGGUGCAAGUCCAUGGCCGGGGGAGGACGAUGGAUGAGAAACUGCAGGGGUUCAGAGGCGCGCUGUUCACCGGGGUCGGGUUAGCAGGGCUGGGGUUGGUGGUGAGCGCUGUGUUUCUCGCGAGGGAGCGGUUGUCAAGGUGA